ACAGAGGACCUUUCCAGGGGUUCAGACAUGCUCAUGCGUGUAGGUGUAUAUAGCCCAAGGGGAGUCGCGAAGGCAGCACAUCGGUAGGCGUCUUGCCUCUAGGUGGCUGAGCAUGCGCAGCCGGCCUUUCUGCUUUGCAUUUGUUGCAAGCUGCUGCCGGGAGAACAAAGGGACGGAGACCCGGGUGUCUGCCCAGCUAUUCAUCCAUAAUACAACUCUGCCUGGGACCCCCAAGCAGGUGACAAUCCAUAGAGGAAGCCUGAGGGGAGGAUUAUUGAGAGCUGCCAGAUGGAAAAAGAGGGCAAAGGAGAGACCAAAAACUGAAGCAAAAUUGGAAAAGGAUCUUCUUACUUCUCAACAUGAAGAAACAAAGAGAAAGAAGCUUGUACCCACCGCAUAGCAAAAACGUAACGUCUGAACCAAGCUUUCAGUGUCAGAGCGAAAUGCACACAGAAAGGAAACCACAUAAAUGCUUGGAGUGUGGAAAGAGUUUCAGGCAGAGUGGAAAGCUUACUGUACACCAGAGAACCCACACUGGGGAGAAACCAUAUGAAUGCUUGGAGUGUGGGAAAUGCUUCAGCCAGAGUGGACAGCUUAAUCUACACCAUAGAACCCACACUGGGGAAAAACCACAUAAAUGCUUGGAGUGUGGAAAGAAUUUCAGGCGGCGUGGACAGCUUAGUGAACACCAUAGAACCCACACUGGAGAGAAACCAUAUAAAUGCUUCGAGUGUGGAAAGAGCUUCAGCACAAGUGGAUAUCUGAAUAUACACCACAGAAUCCACACUGGGGAGAAACCAUAUGAUUGCUUGGAGUGUGGAAAGAGCUUCAGCACGAGUGGAGAGCUUACUAGACACCAUAGAACCCACACUGGUCAGAAACCACAUACAUGCUUGGAGUGUGGAAAGAAUUUCAGGCGGAGAGGACAGCUUACUGCACACCAUAGAACCCACACUGGAGAGAAACCAUAUGAAUGCUUGGAGUGUGGAAAGAGCUUCAGCACAAGUGGAUAUCUGAAUAUACACCACAGAAUCCACACCGGGGAGAAACCAUAUGAAUGCUUGGAGUGCGGAAAGAGCUUCAGCAUGAGUGGAGAGCUUACUAGACACCAUAGAACCCACACUGGUCAGAAACCACAUACAUGCUUGGAGUGUGGAAAGAGUUUCAGCACGAGUGGAGAGCUUGCUAUACACCAUAGAACCCACACUGGGGAGAAACCAUAUGAAUGCUUGGAGUGUGGAAAAUGCUUCAGCCAUAGUGGACAGCUUAAUCAACACCAUAGAACCCACACUGGGGAAAAACCACAUAAAUGCUUGGAGUGUGGAAAAUGCUUCAGCCAUAUUGGACAGCUUAAUCAACACCAUAGAACCCACACUGGUGAGAAACCAUAUGCAUGUCUGGAAUGUGGAAAGAGUUUUAGCACGAGUGGAGAUCUUACAAUACACCGUCGAACCCACACUGGGGAGAAACCAUAUGAAUGUACAGAGUGUGGAAAAAGCUUCAACCGGAUUGGACUCCUUAGUUUACACUUCAGGACCCACACUGGGGAGAAACCAUAUACAUGCUUGGAGUGUGGAAAGAGCUUCAGCACGAGUGGAUAUCUGAAUAUACACCACAGAAUCCACACUGGGGAGAAACCAUAUGAAUGCUUGGAGUGUGGAAAGGGCUUCAGCACAAGUGGAGAGCUUACUAUGCACCACAGAAUCCACACUGGGGAGAAACCAUAUGAAUGCUUGGAGUGUGGAAAGAGCUUCAGCCAGAGAGGAUACCUUAAGAUACACCACAGAAUCCACACUGGGGAGAAACCAUAUAAAUGCUUGGAGUGUGGAAAGAGCUUCGGGCAGAGUGGAAAGCUUACUGUACACCAGAGAACCCACACUGGAGAGAAACCACAUAAAUGCCUGGAGUGUGGAAAGAGCUUCAGCACAAGUGGAUAUCUGAAUAUACACCACAGAAUCCACACAGGGGAGAAACCAUAUGAAUGCUUGGAGUGUGGAAAGAGUUUCAGCACGAGUGGAGAGCGUACUAUACACCGUAGAAGCCACACUGGGGAGAAACCAUAUGAAUGUUCAGAGUGUGGAAAGAGCUUCAGCCGAAUUGGACUCCUUAGUUUACACUUCAGGACCCACACGGGGGAGAAACCCUAUGCAUGCUUGGAGUGUGGAAAGAGCUUCAGCACAAGUGGAUAUCUGAAUAUACACCACAGAAUCCACACUGGGGAGAAACCAUAUGAAUGCUUGGAGUGUGGAAAAAGUUUCAGCACGAGUGGAGAUCUCACUAUUCACCGUAGAACCCACACUGGGGAGAAACCAUAUGAAUGCUUGGAGUGUGGAAAAUGCUUCAGCCAGAGUGGACAGCUGAAUACACACCAUAGAACCCACACUGGGGGGAAACUACAUAAAUGCUUGGACUGUGGAAAGAGCUUCAACCGGAGUAGAGAGCUUAUCUUUCAUCAUACAACCCACAAUGGGGAGAAACCAUAUGAAUGCUUGGAUUGUGGAAAGGGUUUUAGCACGAAUGGAGAGCUUACUGUUCACCAUAGAAUGCACACUGCAGAAAAACCACAUAAAUGUUCAGAGUGUGGCAAGAGCUUCAGCCAGAGAGGAUACCUUAUUACACACCGUAGAACCCAUACUGGGGAGAAACCAUAUGAAUGCUUGGAGUGUGGAAGGAGCUACAGCACGAGGGGACAGCUUACUAUACACCAUCGAACUCACACUGGGGUGAAACCAUAUGAAUGCCUGGAGUGUGGAAAGAGUUUCAGCUCGAGUGGAGAACUUACUAUACACCGUAGAACUCACACUGGGGAGAAACCAUAUGAAUGCUUGGAGUGUGGAAAGAGCUUCAGCACAAGUGCAUAUCUGAAUAUACACCACAGAAUCCACAGUGGAGAGAAACCAUAUGAAUGCUUGAAGUGUGGAAAGAGCUUCAGCCAGAGAGCAUACCUUAAUAUACACCAUAGAACCCACACUGGAGAGAAACCAUAUGAAUGCUCGGAGUGUGGAAAGAGCUUCAGCCAGAGGGGACAGCUUAAUCAACACCAUAGAAAACACACGGGGGUGGAACCAGCCAGAGGGGACAACUUAAUCAACACCAUAGAAUAGGAGUGUGCACGAACUGGUUCGGUGGUCUAUGUUCAGAUCACAGAACCUGUUCGAAAGGCUGUCGUUCGAACUGUGUUGGUGCGGUGGGGUGGUGGUGGAUGCUUUUAAGGUGCGUGGAGGGUGCUCUUACUAAACACCGUAGAACCUGUUGGAGAUACAGCUCCCACCGUAUUGACUCUCUGCAGUCUCUCUCUUAUUGGCCAUGAGGGACAUUAGGAGUAGAGAUAGUGAGGGGAUCCCCCUUUCCCCCCUUUCUUUGUAACGCCGAGCUGCCUUGAUGGCUUGACUGAAAUUCUUAGGUGGCAGAAUAUCAGUCAUUAAGACAAUGAAAGGAAAUUAGGAGGGUAGGAAAGAACUGCAUUCCAAACUUGGUGAAUGGUAACAAAUAUGUUACCUCUGCAUCAACUCUAAGCAAAUGCAGUCACAAUGCUCCCAGAAGAAAGGGAUCCCUGGUGGAGAGCAAUUCAGAGUACAUUCCCAAAUGGAUGUCUCAUCAGGGAUCAGGGCAAUGCACUCAUACAAUUGGCAGGGGGGAAAUAAGGCCACCAGCCAGAAACUUCAUCAAGUCAGGACAGAGAGUUUUGGAGCCAGUUCGGCAAGCCAUUCUAGAGGAAUCUGUACAAACCAUUAUAGAGGAAUUUGCAUUGACUCUGGGGCGGCCCAUAAUCUAAUUAAAGAAAAGCACUGAAUUAGUAACCCACUGCAAAGAUCCCAUCUACUUUGAAGGUGGAAGACCAUUCUUUUUAGAAGGCAGACGAACAGCAAGGCUACGCUGUCAAUCGGACAAGGGAGAAACUAUUGAACUGAUAGUUACAGACGUCCCAGUUUUUGAGGACAGGGAGUUAUGCUACUGAAAGAGGAUAUGAAGUAGAAUUUAAGGGAAAGCAUUAUUUGUCACAGAUGGAGAUGAACUGCUUAUGAAAGGGACUCUUUGGGAGAAGGGCCUAUUUGAAGGAGACUGUAUAAAUGAGAAAGCUAACGUUGUAAAACAAUGUUCACUCGAGGAAUAUGAAAUUAUGAGAUUGCUCACAUAAGAAAUGCUAACGCUUAUUGCUGUGAUAUACUGUCCUGCUGAAGACAUGGUGGCAGAUGGGCGGACUGAACUGCUACCAGGGGAUGUCCCUCAGACUCUUCGAAAGAUGCUGGGAGAUGUGCGUCAAAGUCCGAGCCAGUGAGAAGGGGUGUUGGAGAUCCAACUCUUUACACCUUCUAUCACAUUGAUCACUGGGGCUUUAGGAUUAAGCCCAGGCUUUGAGGCUUUGAAAUCUAGCAGAGGGGAAUGUAUGCUUCAUCAGACCUUGCGUUAGGAAUUAUUUUGCUUUCUGUGUGUGCUUUACAAUUCCUAAAUACGUGUUUCUUGCAACUGAGUAAUUGCUUUAUGUACUGCCUGAGAAACUGAGUAAUUGCUUUAUGUACUGCCUGAUUGCUUUAUGUACUGCCUGAGAAAGAUCUGGGGGCCUUGAAACAUUCCUGAACCUAAUUAUGUGUUUUUAAGUGCAUCUAAAAAAACAAAAGCCUCAGAUGGACCGGUCUGUAGUAAUAGAAUAAACUGUUUUUCUCUUG